UAGUUCUGUUAAUAUUGCACCUCAUUAAAGUUUAUAGUUGAAUUAGCUUGCUAGACUUAUAUAUUAGGCCUUAUUAGUGUUAAUUGCCCUUCAUUAUUAGCCCUUUUAGAGGUGAUGAUGGUAAAUUAGAAGUUUGUUUACCAUUAUCAGAACUUGGAGUGUUGGUUGUUUGAGGGAAAUUAUGAAUACAAACUAGAUAAAUAAAACAAGUCAAGUAGCCCAUUGAUUUGACAUUAAUGGCAUGGCUGAGGGUAGUGAGGCAGCCACACAUGUAUUCACCAGCUACUGAAUGGUCGUUGGCUUGUUCAGGGAUUAGUAGAAGGCCAGGAUUGGUUAAGGAGGAUAAAGAAAAAGAAAUAGCAAGUUAUCGUAGCAAAAUCAUCAUAGUUUUGUGGGAAUAUAAAUAAGUAAUAGCAGAUUAUCAUAGCAAAAUCAUCAUAGUUUUGGGGGAAUAUGAAUAAGUAAAGCCAAAAAAUUUAAUAUCAUAGCAGAAUUAUCAAAGUGUCAUUAUCAUAGCAAAUUAUAAUGGUAGUAAGGGAGGAAUUUGUUAGGAGGGAACAUAAAAGAAGCACCAAAUUAUUUUAGUACAUAGAAAGUCUGAAAUUUACUAAAGGGAAAUAAAAAAUAAAAAAACUAACCUCUCUUUUGUCCACCGUUUCCACUUUCUUCGUAUGAGCAGUGAUUAGCAGGCUUUUCUUUGUUUUUUUGUCCUUUACUGUAACAAAAUCAUAAUAGAAGGCCAGGAAUUUGUUAGGGAGGAAUAUAGAAGAAACAAAUCACCAUCGUUUUGUUUCACGGGCAAGUUUGAGGUGGCAGGGUGGGGCUUCAUUCUGACCCCCUACCAAGGUAUUAGAUGGUUGUUUGGUUGUUCACUCAUUCAUCUGGUGGUUCCAUUCACUCAUCCCUGCUUCACUGUACCCUGGCAGCUCCUCCUAGCCACUUGUACCUCCCCAGCUCUCAGACACCCCUCAAAAGAGACACUCCAAGCCAUACAUAUCGAGUGACAGUGCAUUUAGAAACACUCGGGACACCGAGUCAAAGUGCAUUAAGGAAUAUUCUUGUGUGUUGAAAUGAGCGUUCCACAUCUCUCCCUGCACCUGUGAAGAAGGAAUGUCACUGCACUGGAGACAUGGUGGAUAGCAGACAGUCCAGCAUUGAAAUUGACCCGAGUUUUGCGUAUUUUGUCUUUGUUCUGCCUCGUGCUAGUAGGGUUGGAUACUUUCGUCAGUCACUCCUCGUUGAAGUCAUUUGAGUUUGCUUGUUGGAGUUGACCUGCCCUUACUUUUAGCCAUUUUGAAGUUGAAGAUAUAGUAUUUGAAGUUAGUUUUGCUUAUAGUGUCAUUGCUCUGCCUUUUGAAGUUUGGGUUGUUGGUCUAGUCACUUACAGACCUCAUUGCAGUUAGUUGAAUUAGCUUGUUGGAGUUGACCUGCCCUUAUUAUUGACACUUUUGAAACUGAAGAUAUACUAUUAGAAAUUGGUUUACCAUUAUCAGGUCUUGCCAAGUUUGUCAUUAUCCGAUCUUGUUAAAGGUUUGAGUUAUUUUUAAGUUAGUUUUUCAUUACUGCACCUCCUAUUUGGCCUAAAUUCGUCCACGCCCACAAGAUGCAGUUGUGUCGGGGCUGCACAUCGGAGUCUCACAACAUCACUAAUGAUUCGAAGGGUCAGAAGACGUCGAUAGAGGUGUUCAGGAGUCACGGCGUCCUUCCCCUGGGUGUUAAGUGCCCGAGGUGUGGGAACGAGUGUGUGUACAACAACGCCGGCUGGUGGAGCUGCGAGGGGGUAGGCGAGGACGGAGACAAGUGUAGCUUCUCCGUGUCUGAUAUUAAAGGAACGUGGGCGGAGAAUGCGGUUGGCGUGACGCCCAGCCAGUGUUUGGAGUUUAUUGCCCAUUAUGUCAGGAGGAUGAACCCAGGGAAUUCUAUAGGACAGACUCUCGACAUAGACUAUUACCAAGCGUUGUUCCUUGAGGGUCAGUGCCAUUCGGUGUGCAGGAGGUGGAGGAAGCACAUCAAGCACAAACAGCAGGUCGGGGGGCCGGGGGUGAUCGUGGAGAUUGGGGAGGUGAGGCUUGGGCAGACGAAGUUCAAGCGUGGCCGUCUUGUGAGGGAGAGUUGGUUUUUCGGCGCCAAAGAACGCCAGUCAGGCAAAUUGUUCAUGUGCCAUAUAAAGGAACGGAACUUGAAAGCUGUGCGCAACAUUAUCCGCAAGGCCGUUCAUCCGGAGAGCAACAUUUACUCGUACAAUGCUUGUACCUGGGGUGACCUGACGCAGGUCGGGUUAGCUCACUGCAUCGUUCGAAAGAGGCUGCUUCCCUCCCGACCAGGUGCCACCCCCGAGACCGAUCUACACAGAGCGAGCCUAGAUACCGUCUUGGACAUGUUUAAGACGUGCGUCAUGUACUGCGGGAACUACAAGGAAAUGUACCCGCACUACCUGGCCAGGUUUAUGUUUAUCCACGAACACAAGAAGCAGGAGCGCUUCCACCGAUUCCUGCGCCUGGCGGCUCGCACCUCCCCCCACGCUUUUGCAUCUGACGUCCCGAGUCAGCAACAAGAGACCGGCCAGGCAGAGGGCCAGCCAGCCAGCCAGUCAACCGACCAGCCAGAUAGACAGGCAGUCUACCAUCCAGUCAGUCUGCCAGUCUACCCAUCAGGCAGUCUGCCAUUCUACCCACCAGGCAGUCUGCCAGGUAGUCAGCCAGUCCACCACCCAGUCUACCCACCAGGCAGUCAGCCAGUCCACCAGCUAGACAGACAUCCAGUCCACCACCCAGUCUACCCACCAGGCAGUCUGCCAAUCCACCAGCCAGACAGACAUCCAGUCCACCACCCAGUCUACCCACCAGGCAGUCUGCCAGUCCACCAGCCAGACAGACAUCCAGUCCACCAGCCAGACAGACAUCCAGUCCACCAGCCAGACAGACAUCCAGUCCACCAGCUAGACAGACAUCCAGUCCACCACCCAGUCUACCCACCAGGCAGUCAGCCAGUCCACCCACCAAGCAGUCCACCACUCCACCAACCAGCCAGACAGACAAUCCACCCACCAAGCAGUCCACCAGUCCACCAACCAGCCAGACAGCCAGUCCACCCACCAAGCAGCCCACCAGUCCACCCACCAAGCAGCCCACCAGUCCACCAACCAGCCAGACAACCAGUCCACCCACCAAGCAGUCCACCAGUCCACCAACCAGCCAGACAGCCAGUCCACCCACCAAGCAGUCCACCAGUCCACCAGCCAGACAGACAUCCAGUCCACCACCCAGUCUACCCACCAGGCAGUCUGCCAUUCUACCCACCAGUCCACCAGCCAGACAGACAUCCAGUCCACCACCUAGUCUACCCACCAAGCAGUCCACCAGUCUACCCACCAGGCAGUCUACCAGUCCACCACCCGGUCUACCCACCAGGCAGUCCACCAGUCCACCACCCAGUCUACCCACCAAGCAGUCCACCAGUCCACCACCCAGUCUACCCACCAAGCAGUCCACCAGUUCACCACCCAGUCCACCACCCAGUCUACCCACCAGGCAGUCUACCAGUCUACCCACCAAGCAGUCCACCAAGCAGUCCACCAGUCCACCACCCAGUCUACCCACCAGGCAGUCUACCAGUCCACCACCCAGUCUACCCACCAAGCAGUCCACCAGUCCACCACCCAGUCUACCCACCAGGCAGUCCACCAGUCCACCACCCAGUCUACCCACCAGGCAAUCAGCCAGUCUACCAGCCAGACAGACAGCCAGUCUACCAGCCAGACAGACAGCCAGUCCACCCACCAAGCAGUCCACCAGUCCACCAGCCAGACAGACAUCCAGUCUACCCACCAGGCAGUCCACCAGUCCACCACCCAGUCUACCCACCAAGCAGUCCACCAGUCCUCCAACCAGUCAGACAGCCAGUCCACCCACCAAGCAGUCCACCAGUCCACCAACCAGCCAGACAGCCAGUCUACCCACCAAGCAGUCCACCAGUCCACCAACCAGCCAGACAGCAAGUCCACCCACCAAGCAGUCCACCAGUCCACCAGCCAGACAGACAUCCAGUCCACCACCCAGUCUACCCACCAGGCAGUCUGCCAUUCUACCCACCAGGUAGUCUGCCAUUCUACCCACCAGGUAGUCUGCCAUUCUACCCACCAGGCAGUCUGCCAGUCCACCAGCCAGACAGACAUCCAGUCCACCACCCAGUCUACCCACCAGGCAGUUUGCCAUUCUACCCACCAGGUAGUCUGCCAUUCUACCCACCAGGCAGUCUGCCAGUCUACCAGCCAGACAGACAUCCAGUCCACCACCCAGUCUACCCACCAGGCAGUCAACCAGUCUACCAGCCAGACAGACAGCCAGUCCACCCACCAAGCAGUCCACCAGUCCACCCAGCAAACAGUCCACCAGUCCACCAACCAGUCAGACAGCCAGUCCACCAGCCAGCCAGACAGCCAGUCCACCCUCCAAGCUUUCCACCAGUCCACCCACCAAGCAGUCUACCAGUCCACCAGCCAGCCAGACAGCCAGUCCACCCACCAAACAGUCCACCAGUCCACCAGCCAGUCUACCCACCAGGCAGUCAGCCAGCCAGACAGCCAGUCCACCCACCAAGCAGUCUGCCAGUCCACCAGCCAGACAGGCAGCCAGUCUACCAGUUGGCCAGCCAGCCAGUCCACCAGCCAGACAGGCAGCCAGUCUACCAGGUAGCUGGGCAGCCAGUCUACCUGACAGUCAGGCAGCCAGUCUACCAGAUAGCCAGACAGCCCAACCAGCCAGUCAACCAGCUGGCCAGACAACCAGUCAACCAGCCGGCCAGGCAGCCAGUCAACCAGCCAGCCAGGCAGCCAGUCAACCAGCCGGCCAGCCAGCCAGUCAACCAGCCAGCCAGACAGGCAGUCAACCAGCCAGCCAGACAGGCAGUCAACCAGCCAGCCAGACAGUCAACUAGCCAAUCAGACAGCCAGACAGUCAGUCAAUCAGUCAGUGAGACAUCCAACCAACCAGUUAGACAGCCAACCAGUCAGUCAGUCAACCAGCCAGCCAGUCAACCAACCAGCCAGUCAGCCAGUUAUAAGAAAUAGCU